UUUCGGCGUGUACAGGUGUAAUGGUGUACAUGUGUAUCGGCGUACAGAUGUUUCGGUGGUCAAUGAAUCUUUACAGACUGAUUUUUCUGUUCCAGGAUCAGUUCGAUAACUUGGAGAAACACACCAGCUGGGGAAUCGACUUCCUGGAGAGAUACAGCAAGUUCGUUAAAGAGAGAGCCGACAUCGAGCUGAGCUACGCCAAACAGAUCAGGAGUCUGUCUAAGAAGUAUCAUCCUAAGAGAAGCAGAGAGGACGACAGCAGGUACAGCUGGUGUUUGGCGUUUGCAGCAACUCUCCGUCAGCUGAAUGAACUUGCCGUUCAAAGAGAAGAACUCGCCGAAAACCUAAACACGCACAUCGUGUGUGAGCUGACACGAUACACACAGGAAGUGAAGACGGAGAGGAAGACGCAUUUCCAAGAUGGCCGCCGUGCCCAGCAGCACAUUGAGAGCUCCUGGAAACAGCUGGAGUCUAGUAAACGUCGGUUUGAACGUGACUGUAAGGAGGCGGAGCGAGCUCAGCAAGUCUCCGACAGAAUCGACCUCGACAACAAGACGGACGGAGAGAAGCGCUGCUCACUGAAGGCUCGUCAGACGGCUCAACAGAAAAAACAAGCUGCUGAAGAGUCCAGGAAAGACUAUGUGACCAGUUUAAACCAGUUUAACCAGGACCAGCACCAGCACUACCACACCCUGGUACCAGUUAUAUACCAGCGUAUCCAGGACAUGGAGGAGCGGCGGAUUGAGAGAAUCUGUGAUGCGAUGCGUUCGUCAGCAGAAGCUGAGAGAAAAGUUCUUCCUGUUGUGAGUCGCUGUCUGGACGUCAUGAUGGAUGCUUCUGAGGGGAUCCAGCCCAGGACGGACACCCGUCAGGUGGUGGAGGUCUACAAGUCCGGCUUCGACCCUCCAGGGGACAUCGAGUUCGAGGACUACGGCGCCGCGAUGAGGAGAAGCAUCUCUGAGUCCAGUUACCUCGACAACCGGACGGAGGGACGGAGACACAGCAGGAAGCUCUGGCCCUUCAUCCGGAAAAACAAGCUGUUGACCCUCCUGUCCUCCCCCCGGCAGCCUCCCCCUCCACCCCCGACCUCACCAUCACCUGGGGGUGUGGCCGACAGUCCCCAGUCCCCCCCCCCUACCUCCAGAGAACCAAUCACACAGCGGUUGAAUGACCUCAUGACCUCUGGCUCCAGAACCAGGAAGCAGUGUCUGCGCAGCCUCAAGAGAGGGCUGUCACUUAAACUGGUCAGUAUCACACGACUGUAUUUAAUCAUAAUUAGUGUUAUUUUCAGUGUGUAACUAUACUACACUACA